AUGAGUGAAGAAGAUCUAUAAUGUUGUGUCUGUAAAUGUGGAGGAGAUGAAAUAGAAUAUUUAAUAAGUUGCAGAGCAUGCGAAGGAGAAAAAAUCAAACAAUUUUGUAAAUAAUGUUGCAGAAAACACUUGAAAGAAAGCCCAGAUCAUUCAUCAGGGAUGGCAAUUUUUUGUCAAGAAUGCGAGGAAGUCGAAAUAGAAGCAACUUUUUACUGUGGGAGCUGUGGAUAAAAUCUAUGCACAAAAUGCGACUAAAGAAUUCACAAUAAAUGUAAAAGAGCUAAGCAUACUCGACAAUAGCUGAAUCUUCAAAGAGAUCUUUUAAUUGAAAUAAUUAUUAUCAUUGAUGAGAAUUUAGCAGAAGUAAUUAAUAGUAAAAAAGUGGUUUAUGAUGGAUUUAUAGAUAAAUUACAGAAAAAGAGAAUAAAAUGCGAUAGAAGCUCUUUGGUUGUAGUUUUUAGAAAUACUUGUGAAGAAAUUUUAAACUUUGAUUUGAAUUAUUAAUGGGAAUAAUUUGAGCGCUCGAACGGGCUAUCUGAAAAGUUUCUUAAUACGCUUAAAUUCAUGCCUCAGUUAGCAACAUGCGUUUUCUUUCAAACUUAAUAAGAAAGCUAUGCUGCUGAGAAAUCUUCUCUCUCAUAAUUGUUUCCUAACGUUCAAGUUAUAUUUACAAAGCUACCGAUUUCCUCACCUGCAGUGUCAACUGAUUAGUAAAUAAUAUUAUAACAAAAAUAGUAGCAAAUCUAGCAUCUUCACUAAGUUUAAUAGCAAAUAUAGCACAUUUUUCCAAUAAAUCAAAUUUAAAUGAAAUAAAGUUCUAUCAAUUCAAAGGCACAGUAAUAAUAAAUUUAGCAAGCUACAUGGAGUAACUAGAAUUAGCAAGAUCAAUAACAGUAAUUAGUUUAAAUUCAAUAGCAGCCAUAAAGCAUUCUUGCUCCAUAGUAAAAUACAUAAUUUAUUGGAAACAAUUCCUUCACUUAAUAGCAAGCUCAAUGUAAUCAGCCUAUUUAAUAUUGUUCAACAGCAGAUAAAAACAACACAAAUUUAAAUUCAAACGGAAACAUAUAAAUCUAAGUAAAAGCAAACAUCGAGGAAUCUAAAAAUUCUUAAAAUAACAGUGCAGUCUAUAAUCAAAUAGAAGAUGAAUAAGCACAAAAAGUGGAUUCUAAAAGUGUUAAUGGAUCUUAAAUUUGCAAAAAGAAAUAUGGAAAUAAAAGUUUAAAUACAAUUUUGAAUCCUUGUAACUCAUAAAAUAUAGAUAAAAAAAACUCAUAAUAUCAACAUAAAAAUUAGUCGUUUGACGAUGGAUUCUAAAUUUAUAGCUCUUCCGAGUCUCACUCAAACGAGGGCAAUCCACCUUCUAAUUUAAACAGUAAAUUCCUGUUAAUAAAUAAUAGCAACAUGAACAAUAGCUAAAAUAACAGCAAUUUAAGCAACAACAACAUAUUUAAUAAUAACAAUAAUAUUAUAACUGGAAAAGCAUGCAAUUCGAAUAGCUUAUAUAAUUAAAUUCAGUAAGGAAGUUUAAGCAACAGUGUUUAACAAAUAAACUAGUAAAAUAUAAUAGGAGAUAAUAGCGGUAUUGGCAAUAACAGUCUUCUCAGAAAUAACUAAUAAAAUAGCAAUUUAAACAUUUAGAAUACGAUAGGAAAUACUAAUAAUAGCAAUACUUUGAAUAUAAACAAUAACACAAACAGCCCAAAUUCUAAUAUCAUGACUAAAUAGGCGUCUUAAAGACCAAGAAAUAACUCUUCAAACCAUAAACAUAGUCAGUAAACAAAUAGUAACAAUGUAACGAACCCCUAGCUAGAUUAUGGCAAUAUAAAUAGCAGUAUUAACAAUACAAACAAUAGCUUAAAUUAAUUUCAUCAUAACAACUCAAACAAUAACAAUAUUUUAACCAAUUAAAUUACUAAUAUAACAAAUCAAGUACUUUCUAAAAAUACAGAAAACACAAGCAGAAGUAGUAUACAUAGCACAAAAUAACCUUAAACUAAUACAAGUGCUAAUAAUAAUAAGAAUAGCAGUAGUGGAGCUGGAACUUAAUAAAAGUAAAAAAAAUCCAAAAAAGCAAGCAAAGGCAGUAGUAAUACCAGCUGUAACCGCUUAUCACGAAACACAAGUAGUGGAAGUAUUAGAAAUUUAAACACAAGUAAAGGAAGUAUUGAUGGAGGUACUAAUAACAUAUUAAAUAACAGCUUAAACUAGGGUCUAAACAAAAAUGCUUCAUCAGGAGCUUUGGAGGUAAAGUCAAAGAAUAGCCAUAACACUUACACUUGUGGGAUGCCAUUCCAGCAAUUUUAAAACCCAAAAACUGUGUCAGUUAAAAACUAGCAAAUAGCAAUUGGCAUAUAAAAGCAGCUAUCUUUCUUAGCUGAGAAAGGAGAAUUAAUGAUACACAAAGAAGUAUUCUUGAAGAUGGUUUAAAACAAUAUUCCUGGUUGCACUGAAAAAGACUGUGUUGAAAUUUUCAAUGAAGCAGAAAAUGCUGGAAUCAUACAUCAGACCACAAGAACAUUUGCUAAUUCCACCGAAUUGCAUUUUGUUAGUUUAAAGCUAGAAUAUAUUUCAUUAUAAAGUCUAAUUUGGAUUAUAAAAUCAAUUAAGUAAGACCUCAUGACUCCUACUGAUAAACUCAUUUUAAGUCGUAUAAAAGAAUGUUUUGGAUUAAAGCUAACUCCAAAAAGUUGGGAUAUGAUUUUAAAUCACUUGUAGCACCCAAGUUACAUUCAAAAUUAUUAAAAUGGAUAAAAUGGAUUAGAUCUCCCUUAAUUAGUAGUACAAAAAGUAAACGAUCCGUUGAUGGGAGCAGAUACUACUGUAAUUUAUAUUAAAGAGUAAGAAUGGAUUCCAGAAGACAAGGGAAGGAUAGAUUUUGAUAACGAUAAAAUGUGGAAACUUUUUAAAGAAUUUCUAGACUAAUACUUUAAACAACCUAUAUAAAACGAAGGAAGCGAUGAUAAUAAAUCAAAUUCUUCUGCCUCAAGCAAAAAGAAUUCUUAUUUUACUACAAAAAUCACAAAAUCAAGUAAAAAGUAAUAGGCCAAUAACCAAAGUAGUUCAGCUAAUCAAUAAAGUUAGCUCAACUCUCAGGUGAAUUCUGCUAACAUUGCAAAUGUCAAUAAUGCUUCAAUUAACACGCAAUCUUAAUAAGAGUUAAGAGCAAUUCCAGGUGGAAGAUAUGGAUGUGUAUAAUAUGUAAAGUAUUGUGGACCAAGAGAACUGUAGGAGCUUUCGUUGGGUAGAUUGAGUUUGUUUGUUUAGGAAGCUAUCAAUACAGGAAUCAUUAGAUAUCAUAGAACUUUAUUAGUUAAACAUACAUACAAUGAAGAAAAUAGUGUUUUGAAUGAAUCCAGCUCUGUGUUUUCAUUAGAAAAUUCUGUGCAUAUUUUAGAAAAAUCUGCUUAUGGACUUUAAAGAGAUGUUACUGUUAAACACUUACAAGAUGCCUUAUUAGAAAUUCUUUAAGAAUAUCCAAAAGGUGUAUCUCUAGUGUAAAUACCAUAGUAUCUUAAGAAAAAAGUAUACUUCUAAUUUAAUCUGCAAGAUCUAGGUUUUCCAAAAUUAAAAAAUUUUAUUCAGACUAUGAAUGAUAAGGUUCAAAUAGAAUUAGCUGGUACAAACAAUUCAUAUGCUAUUUUAAAAUGUAAUGCUUCUAAAAGCAAAUGUGCUCCUUCUUUUUUACCAGAAAAUAAUAUAUCAGAUUAAUCUUGUACAUCUUCUCCUUUAUCAACAAAUAAUCAAGGAAACUUAGUUUAAUAAAAUGAUUAAAGUGGAGCAUCAAACUAAAUAAAUAGACAAGUAUUUGGAUUUAGCUAAGGCUAUGGUGGAAUAGGGUAAAAUAAUCAGUAAUCAUAUGUAAAUCAAUAAAGCCAAUAAUAUUGCCAAGACUUUUAAAAUGCAAUUCUUUAGACUCAGUGUGGUUCUAACAGUGAGUAAAACUAAAAAUAAGCUGCUAUUGUAUUAGAGAAGCUUAACGAGCUUUUAGAAAAGGUAAAAUAAAAUAUAGAAGCUAUCCUUAAACAGAAUCCAAAUGGAAUACAUAUUAAGGAUCUUUACAGUGCAUUAAGUAAAUCAAUGGGAGUAAAUUUCUAGUUUGGGCUUUUUGGAUCAAUGGACUUUUUAGGAUUUUUAACUUCUUAUGCUGAAUCAAUUAUUGAUAUAGAGUGUAAGUAAAAUUACUAUGUAAUUUACCAAAAAAAUCAUAGAUUUGGAACGGAAGGAAAAAUAAAUGGAAGUACUGGAAAUCCAGCGAACACAACAAAUAAUAGUAAAUUAAACUACAAUACUAACUUUUAGGCACAUAUGAUUUAAAUGAAUAGCUUGACUGGAAAUGCUCAGCAAUUUUAGCAUCCUCCAUUUUUCUAAGAGUUUUCUUAAAAUCCAAAUCUAAUCAAUUUUUAAAAUAAUUACAUGAACUUAGCAUCUUAAAAUAUGAUGAAUUUUUUGUAGCAGAAUAAAUAAGGAGGAAAUAACUAAGUUUAGUAAUUGACUUAACAGUAGCAAUAGUAAAAGCAAUCUGCUUAAACUCAGCAGAGCACAGGAACAAGCAACGCCAAAAAAAGAAGCAUGGCUAUUUCUCAGAGUGCUUCUAAUAUAUUCAAUAAUGGAAGUUCUUCGUAAAACAGUAAUAAUAACCCAAAUAAUAGCACAAGUUCUACAAAUUUUAUUUAACCUCCAACACAGUUUAAUAGUAUGCAAGUUGGUCCUUAAUAGUCUCCUUAAUAACAAUUCUUCAUUAACUAAUAACAGCAAUUUUUACAAAACCCUAGCAUUCUACAAUAACAGUAUAUUUAAACAUAACUAGCUUAGCAAUAUUAGCUUUUUGGAUAUGCACCUUAUCCCAAUAAUCCUCAGAUAUCUCCAAAUAUGCAAACAAAUCCAUUUGGAUAAUCUGAAACUCCUUAGCACGUAAGAAGUCUUUCUUAGCACAGUAAUAACAAAAACACUAAUAGCAAUCCAAAUUUAACUAUAGGUAGCGCAGUUAGAUAAAAUAAUACAAGCAUGACAACAAACUAACCAACUAACAACAAUAACUAUAUAAAUAAUAAUUAAAACCACAUUUUUCAUUAUCACCCUCAUCAUCCACAAUACUUAUAACAGCAUGGAACACAAUUUAAUAGCAAUAACGGGUAUUUUACACCAUUCUAUUAAGUGGAUGUGUCAUAAUAUUAAUCUACUCACAGUAGAAACCCUUCAAAGAGUAGGUAAAAAGGGGAAUAAUCAUCAAUGGACAUAAAGGAAAAUAUAGGAUUAUUGGAAGAUAUUUUAUAAGAUACAGAAGAAAAUUAUUCAUUUAGAACUUAGACAGAUAGAACUUUCAUGGGUGAUGAUAAUCUGACAAGCUUUAAUUGGAGUAUAAGCAUUUUAAAUCCUCAUUAUUAAAGUGACAGGCAAAGAGAAAUUUCAACAGAAUUUGAACAGUUCCCAUGUGAUCUAAGCAAAAUCACAAACAAAGGUGGAGGUAGUGGGAGUGGUGGUUAUUAAAAUCUUGUAAGCUCUGCAAUGAAUGAAAGAAUAACCACUUCAGGAGGAAAUAACAAUGGAAUUAAAAAUAAUGGUAUAAAUCUUCUUCCUAAUUAUUAACAACAAGGUGGGUUACCUAGUUAUUAAAAUGUGUUAAGCUCAACACCCAAUUCUUAGUAAUAGUAAUAAUAGUAGUAUAUGAACUAUUUUGUUAAUCCUUAAAUAUAUUCCUCUUCAAAUAGCUACUUAAAUUAAAAUGUUUAAUAAUUCAAUACUAAUAACUCAUUUACAAAAGAAAAUAACUCAGAAAGAAAAAUUUGA